AUGCGGCAUGGAGAAGACCACCACUUACUUCUUCAAAUUGUGAAACUCCGAGAAGAAUUGGCGAACGUGGAGAUCAUAGCUAGAGCAGCAAUUGUAGCUAUUGAGGCAGCUCAAAAUCCAAGCAAUCCCAAGGAGGCGUUUCCUCCUGGUGGAGAUUGCCCGGGGCUGUUGGUGAUAUAUGAGCAAUGCGUCAGAAAGUCCUGGCUUUCGGAGCGAAAUGCAAAGCCUGUCGAGAAGUUGAAUGAUGCUAACAAGAAGUUACAGACAUUGGGAACUAUGAGAAGGCCCAAAACAGUUGAUCAGGAGCCAAAGGAGAAUGACUUACCGUCAAGAAGCUCUGGGACUAUAUUGUCUAGGGGAGAUAAUAAUAACAAUACGGGCAGGCAGGCGUUAGGACCACAAGCAAAGAGAACAAAGCUGAAUCACUCAUCCAAGGCACCUUUGGCUAUCUGCAAGGACACUACAUCGAGUGAUCAAGCAGAGAUGGACAAGUCAAAACCAGAGUUUGGUUCUUGGCUCAUGCUUGGAGGCAGAUCAGAGAGGAACAAAGAGAACAAUGCUUUACCUGGAAAAUGGGUGGCAUUCAAGCUGCCUCUGCUUCCUCCUUUGAGGUUUUUGUAGACGAAGAAGAAUGUACAGAUGAGGGAGUAGAGAAGAAGAAGAAUGAAACCAUCUCGACAUCAUCAUCAAACGUUUUGCACCUUAAUGAUCGCCGUGAGUAGAGAAGAAGAAGAGUGAAACCAUCUCAAGGCAGGGUGCAUAUACAGGCAAAACAUACACGCAUCACAUACUUUGUUGUAGGGGUUAGAAUGCUUCGUUUUCAGUUUUUUUUUAUUUAAAGGUUGUUUUCUCUGAUUUUUUCAUAUAUGUCUGCUCCUCCAGAUUAUGUAUGGGUCUUAAAAUGUCCUACAAAUGUAGUAAAUUUAUGGUCUUUUACACUUA